CUGUCCUCCGUAUGCUUCUCUUGUUGUUAAUUACAUGUUCCACUUUAUAUUUUACUCAAAAGAAGGAAACAAGAGAGGAUUUGUUGUGAAGUGAUUUUUGUGUGCAAUAUUUAUUUUAGGAGCAACCUUGUAGGGCUUAUGAUUUAUAUCUUUAUUUUUCCCACAGAGACUCUGUUAAUGAGACAAGAGUUUCAGAAAGCAAAUAUAACUAUGGAUCCAGACACAGCUCACCCUCUGCUCAUCCUGUCUGAGGAUGGUAAAAAGGUGGAACGGGGAGACAGACAGCAAGAACUGCCUGACAACAUUGAGAGAUUCAACAAACUGACUUCGGUGCUGGGGUGUGAGGGAUUCACAGCAGGGAGACAUUUCUGGGAAGUCAUUCUGGGAGGGGAGGGAAUGUGGGCUUUAGGGGUCUCCAGGAAGUCUGUGAGGAGAAAAGGCUUCUUUCCCUUCAGUCCCGAGAAAGGAUUCUGGGCUGUAGGAAAGAUUAAUCAUGGGUAUUGCGUCUUGAACCCUCCCGAUUACCUUCCUCUGAGUGGGGAGCCCGAGAGGAUCCGAGUGACUCUGGACUAUCAGGGGAAGCAAGUGUCAUUUUUCAAUGCUGAAACAGGAGCCCUGAUCUACACAUUCAUGGGAGCCUCGUUCUCUGAUGAGACCCUCCUUCCUGUGUUUUGGGUGAAAGAGAAAGCCCACCUCAGAAUUGUGUGAUAGCCAACCUCAUAUAACCAGCAGCAUGCUUAAGUCUAAUUAAUGUACUAAAGGGUUAAUGCAAUAGAGAGUAAGCUGUCCUGCCAGGCUUAGCUAGGACACUCCUUUGGAAGAAGAUAAUUAAAGCCUUUAUUCAACAUCAGUCUACCUGAGAAGCUCAAUGUGUAAGGUCAGAGCUGGUUGCUGCAGCUCAGGCCGCAUGGCUGUUAGAAGCCACUCUUGAGUUACUAUACCAAUAAUUUAGGAGCUUUCACCAUUGUAACGAAGCCAGGUUUUACCGCCUGUGUUUUCUGACUGAUGUAUGGAAAAACACAUGAACCUGACCUCUGAAGAGUUUGUAAGUAAACCAGUUUUUAACUUACCAGACGUGUGGUCCUUUUCUAUGCUAGGGGAAGCGGGGAACUUUAGAAGGAACUUAGAAUGUCAUAUUGUAAAGGUCUAACAACCUAUAUUUCCAUGCUUUGCUUUGCAGCAUAUUUUGCAGUUUUAAAUCUCUGCUGGAGUCAUCUCCCCAAAGAG